CCCACACCAUCCUCUCCUUCUCUUCCCCACAGAGAGAAUGAGCUUAUGAGCCCCCUUCGUGUUCCUCUACCACCCAACACACCCCACCACUACCUCCAGCUAACGUGCGCCCUCUUCCUUACCCUACGCACCCCCUUUCUUUCCUUUCCAUUUCCGUUAUUCUCUCUCUCUCUCUCUCACACAUUUUGUUUUUAUCUUCUCACUUUCAUAAACCUCCGCGUUAACCGUUCACCCCCACCUCCUUUCUCUCUCGCUCUCUCUCUCAUUCCCAUCCAGAUUCGGAGGAUCGGAACGACACCAAGCUUGCUUCAGGUGCCGCCGGUGGUGGUUUUAGGGUUAGGGUUUCCGAGAGAUGUGGUAUGCUUCAGGCAUUCAUGAAUCUACGCGCUCUCUGUUUGAGGCCAUUCGGGCUCGCUGACGACAAGGUCGACACUUCCCCCGUCGAAGUCAACGGCGGCAGCUUCAGAGGCAGCGGAAGCUUCAAAGGCGGCGGCGGCGCAAGAGAAGGCAAGGACAGCCUCCUCUGGUCUCGCGACGUCGGAAAAUAUGGCUCCGGCGAUUUCUCCAUGGCCGUCGUCCAGGCCAAUCAGGUCCUUGAAGACCAGAGCCAGAUAGAGUCCGGUCCCCUUGGCACCUUUGUUGGCAUCUACGACGGUCACGGAGGACCCGACGCCGCGCGAUUCGUAUGCGAUCACCUCUUUCGCCAUUUUCAAGCAAUAUCAGCUGAAACAAAUGGAGGCGUGAUCACUGAGACCAUCGAGAGGGCAUUCCGCCAAACAGAAGAAGGGUAUGCUGCUCUUGUGUCAGACUUGUGGAGCACUCGGCCUCAAGUCGCAAGCGCCGGGACUUGUUGUCUGGUUGGAGUGAUAUUUCAGCAGACACUCUUUGUGGCAAACCUUGGAGACUCCCGCGUUGUAUUGGGUAAGAAAGUUGGCAACACAGGAGGCGUUGCUGCAAUUCAGCUUUCUACAGAACACAAUGCAAAUGUUGAAGCUGUGCGGCAGGAGCUUAAAGAGUUACACCCACAUGAUCCCCAGAUUGUUGUCCUCAAACAUGGAGUGUGGAGAGUCAAAGGCAUUAUUCAGAUUUCUAGAUCUAUAGGUGACGUAUAUAUGAAAGAUGCACAAUUUAACCGGGAACCACUUCCUGCAAAAUUCAGACUUCCUGAACCCAUGCACAUGCCUAUCUUGAGUGCUGAACCCGCUAUUAUUUCUCAUCGACUGCAACCAAAUGAUUCUUUCAUUAUAUUUGCAUCAGAUGGCUUAUGGGAGCACCUGAGCAAUGAAAAGGCUGUGGAAAUUGUUAGCAGCAAUCCACACACGGUAAGGCUAAGAUUCCUGUCUGCAGUUUUACUGAGAACGAGAGAUGCGAUAUUCAGACCUGCGCAAGAUAGACAAGAAGGUCCGACGCCAUUUUCAUGAUGAUAUAUCUGUUAUUGUUUUAUUCUUGAACCACGAUCUUAUAUCCAAAGGCACAGUGCUAGACCCACCACUCUCACUUCGAAGCGCACUCGAUCACUGACUCCAACUGGUGUCAUCAUUGUAAUGUAAAUUACACACCCAUGUUGUCUUGUACCAGUUUUUGGCAGCAUAACACGAUAUAUACAUGUGCCAUUGCUACCUGCAUUAUAAGGUUGAGAUCAUUCAUCAGGCUCCAAAUUGUUAAAAGUCAUAACAUGUUAUUAGAAUUUUGUCCAUGAAAAUGACAAAAGAAAAGAAAGGUAAAAAAGAAUGUAACAAGCAUUUGAUUGUGGCCACUCCCUUUUCUAACCUUUGUAGUCUUAAAAUCUGGAUUUAGACUUUUUAUGACCGAUUUAGACUAUGUAGGUAAAUCGACCAGUAUGUUAAUUGAGUUCCAAAUUAUUUGA